AUGUGUGCGAGUGUGAGUGAGCGCGGCGCCCGGGAGCUGGACGGUAGUAGUCAAGACCGAAAAAAAAAGGAACCCAAAGGGCCAGACAAGGGUUCUGAGCAGGGGGCAGGGCUGGGCAGGCCCGGUUGGGACAUGGAUACCGUUGGUUGGGACGCUAAGGGAGACUGGGGCUGUUCCAGGGCAGCAGAGAAAGACAAAAAAGCACCUGCUGCACCGCCCGCGCUCUCUUUUUUGGUCUUUCGUCUCCCUGUCAGCCAGACGCUUCUUGGGGCGUUUGGUGUCUGGACUGCAAGAUACUUGAAAGUUACAAGAGGCCGAGACCUCCCCGAUUUGAUACCCUUGGCCCAAUCGCCAUCCCGGACAUCGUUGCCCAAAUGCCCGGUUGAAGAGGUUGGUUCUGGUUCAGAUGGCCGCCUGGCCUUGGAAGCUGCAGGUCCGUACGGCGUCAAUCAUACCGUGGGUGCUGUGCGCUGCUACCCCCUUAUCCACUGCGUGCUACCACCGCGCAGCUUGUAUUGGCUGGGUAGGGCUCAAUACUGCAAGUCGUAA